AUGGCGCCCUCAACACGCUGGCCGGCGCCAAUCCACGUCUUCUCCUACCGCGUCCUCCUCAUCGUCCCCAUCCUCCUCGCCAUCGCCACGUUCGCGCUCCUCUUCAUCCACUCCGACGUCAACAUCGCCCUCCUCUACUCGCAAUGCGACUCCCGCGCGCGCCUCCCGGGCCUCAGCCGGAUCCCCGUCCUCGGCACCCCGGCCUGCUUCGGCGUCAGCUUCUUCCAGCACGCGCUCGACUCGGCGCGCACCUUCGCCAGCAUGUCGGCCAUCCUGUCCUUCGUCGCGGGCCUGAUGACCGUCACCACCGUCGAGGCCGCGCGCAUCUGCAACGCGUCCAACGUCAUCAUCGCCAACCCCACGGGGCCCUGGCUGGUGUUCAACCUGCUGGGCGGCGCCGUCGUGUGGGAGCUCGUCAUGGUCCCGGCCUUCUUCCACCGCUCGCGCUCGAUCUACCUCGCGAGGAAAAAGGCCGGGCAGGACGCUGUCGACAGCGCGGCGGCCAAGGAUCCGGACUUUGGCAAGGACUCUCGCAACCUCAAGGUCGAUGCCGAGAUCAUCGCUGUCCCGGUCGCGGUUGCGUGGGGCUUCGUGGUGCCGUCGAUUCUGAUGCUGCUGUAUAACACGCCUGUAGUCAUCGGUAUCUGGUUUUUCUUCCCCAUAUGGGUCUCGCUCAUUCGCCAGGCUGUGCGAUGGGCUGUGUUGCGCUUCCAGAAGCGUCAGCACCGCAGCUUCCAUCUUGAGUCUCACACCGUCUCGUUGCUGCUCGUCUACCUCGUGCCUAUGGUCUGCUCCUUGGUCUCUCAUGUGCUCCUCAUCUGGAGUCUCUUCCAGAAGGACGACCGAAAGGAGAUGACCCGGGCCACAGUCAAGUUUGUCGAAAUCGACGCGACGUUCAUUGGUUUGACGGUGCUGUACUGGCUUUUCGUCGAGGCUGGGUGGAAGGUCGCGUUGGUGACGGUCGCCGCCGCGAUUCCCCUCGGUCCGGGUGCUGGUAUCUGCAUUGGAUGGAUCUACAGAGACGCUGAGAUUCGUGAGCACCUCAAGCACUGGCUUUCUGGAGAACAUAGUCAUGAGAACCAUGAGGAAGGCAGGACUGCUGCGGACGAGGAGACACCGCUGCUACAGUGA